AUGCCGCGUCCCCAGGUCCAGGAAAGUAAUCGCAGACGCAUUGCAAAAGCAUGCCUGCACUGCCAGUCGGCCAAGUUGAAAUGCGACGGGAAGUCUCCCUGCAAUACGUGUGCCAGACGUCAACAGGCCGAGAGCUGCGCCUACUCCGACCGCGUCCGAUCAUAUGGCCAUCGGCGCCAAAGAGCACAGAAGGCGGCACCUGGUGCCAACUCAGAUGAGACCGAUGGCAUUAUUGAGAUUGCUGUUCCAAAACUGCCUCAGAGCCUCUAUGACACGCGCGGCAACGUUGUCUACCUCGGGGACUGCUCUGCGCUAUCAUUUCUCCAGAACAUACAAGAACUCAUCGAGCGCGCGGCCCAGCCAUCGAAUACCGCCAUCCAGACGCGCGAGUUCGAAGAGCUCCCGCCGGAUCCAGACGACCGGAGCCUCUCCUCUACAGGGAGCAUCGAGGACCUAACGGACUUGAUCAAGACUUUUUUCACAGUUACAUCCGGCCUCCUCGACAUAAUCGACCCCGCAGCCACCGAAAUCCUCCUGUAUCACUGGAUCCACGGCACGCUCUCCACCCACCGCGGCAGCGAAGCAGUCCUCUACCUAAUCCUCGCCUACGCAUCCCAAGCACGCGCCUCGAAUACAAAUAGCAUGGAGAAGCGCCGCGCACACUCCUUCUACCAUCACGGACGCCACAUCGCCCUCCUCCAUCUCACCGAUGACCCCAGUCUCGAGACGGUGCAGGCGUUUAUCCUGAUCAGUCUGUAUAUGCUCGCUGGCUCGAGACGGAACGGGGCGUUUCUGAAUCUGGGGAUUGCGAUUAGCGCGGCAAAGGCGUUGGGGUUGCAUCGCGUUGAGACGAAUAGGAGUUUUCCGGUGGGGGAGGCGAGGUUGAGAGAACGCAUCUGGGCGACCCUCCGCUACCACGACCUCUUCUUCUGCGCGAUGAUGGGCCGGACGUCUGCGACCAUCACGACCGACUGCACCGUGUCGUCUACUCAGCCGCCCUCAGCCCCCGACCCCAGCGUGCUGGCCACGCAGGAAACACCCAUGCUGUACUCCGCCCACGCCUUCUCGUUCAUGGAGCGCACCGUCAACGAAAUCUACACCAAGCGCACCGUCUCCAUGGGUAUACUGAAGGAUCUAGCGCAGGAACUCCGCGAGGCGAUCAAGAGCAUCCCGCAAGUCCUCGCUAUCCCUAUCCCCACGGCACACGUCCAGGGCACGGUCCCCCCGCAGGAACAUCCAGUCUUGCUACGGAACGCAAAUGUGCUCUGCAGCUACCACUUCGCAAUGAUGCUCCUGACCCGGCCGUUUGUCGUUGCGAGUCUGCGUGCGCGGCUUGGCUCGCAGUCGGCUCCUUCUACGGCUAUAGGCGUACCGUCCGAUUCUCAGAGCGACGCAGUCUACGAUGAACUCGCGACGAAUGCGCUGUCGUGUAUACACGCUGCAAUCGAAACGAUCCGUAUCUUACAUGCUCUCCUUAAUGCAGGAGCAUUAUACAGUAACAUGCCGCUGACCGUGGCAUGGACCUUUGUCUCCUCACUGACCAUCUGCUCCGCGUACUUUGGGCAGCUCGGCGCGUCAGACUCGAAUGAACACGCCAUCGCGCAGGCGCGGGAGAUCCUCGAGCAUUUCGCGCUGAGCAGUCCGCAGGCGCGCCGGUAUAGAGGGAUUCUGGGGACGUUGUCGGAUGCGGCUAUGCGCGGAAGGACUCGGCAGCCCUCUGAUGUAGAGCGCGGGGAGAAUUCAGCGGAGAUGGGAGAUAUGAGUCUGUUGGACUCGUGGAAUAUGAGCAAUUUCGACAUGGGCCAAUUCCCACUUGACCUAGGCAAUGCAGGGAGUAUCUGGGAUCUAAACUGGGUGGGCUCGCUGAUGUGA